CAAUUGAAGUUAUUAUUGAUAAUAAUUACAUGGUCACUCACUAGUUAGCUUUUCCAUUUUUGUUUUUUACAAUAAAAUGAGCGAGGUGCGUUUUGGCAUCUUAGGCUGCGCCAACAUCGCUAGAAAAGUGGCUAGAGCCAUUGCUCUUGCUCCCAACGCUACUCUCUACGCCAUCGCAAGCCGUUCCAUACAAAAGGCGGAGAAAUUCGCCGCCGAAAACAGCUUACCGGCUAGCGUGAGGGUGUAUGGUAGCUACGAUGAGGUUGUGGAGGAUUCAGGUGUGGACGCAGUGUAUCUUCCCCUCCCUACGAGUUUGCACGUGCGAUGGGCGGUUACUGCUGCGAGUAAGAAGAAACAUGUGUUGGUGGAGAAGCCUGCGGCUCUUGAUGUGGCUGAACUUGAUCGGAUCUUAGAAGCUUGUGAAUCCAACGGCGUGCAGUUUAUGGAUGGUGCUAUGUGGUUGCAUCAUCCUAGGACCGCUCACAUGGAACACUUGCUCUCUGAUUCUAAUUCCAAUGGUAUCGGAACCGUCCAUUUUAUCCAUAGCACAUCCACAAUGCCAACAACACAAGAAUUCUUGGAGAAUAACAUUCGAGUAAAGCCAGAGUUGGAUGCUCUUGGUGCACUUGGUGACUUGGCAUGGUACUGCAUUGGUGCAUCCUUGUGGGCAAAGGGCUACAAACUACCAACCACCGUCACCGCGCUUCCCGACACCACCCGAAACGCUGGCGGAGUCACGUUGUCAAUCUCAGCUUCUUUGCAAUGGGACCAACCUAAUAAAACAGUGGCUAAUAUUCACUGCUCAUUCCUUUCUCACACGUCCAUGGAUUUAGCUAUAUGUGGUUCCAAUGGGUCAAUUAAUCUAAAGGACUUCAUAAUCCCAUACAAAGAGACUAGUGCAAAAUUUGACUUCACAUUUGGUGCAAAAUUUGUUGAUCUUCACAUUGGAUGGAAUGUGAGACCAGAGGAAGUUCACGUGGACAAUAAGCUCCCACAAGAAGCUUUGAUGGUGCAAGAGUUUGCUAGGCUUGUUGCAAGUAUUAAAGAUUGUGGAUCUCAACCUUCUAGAAAUUGGCCUGAAAUUAGUAGAAAAACUCAAUUGGUAGUUGAUGCUGUGAAGAAGUCCCUAGACCUUGGCUGUAAACCUGUUGUCUUGUAGCUAGGUACUUUUCACUUUUCAGUUAUACGUAAUAAAAACUAUAUAUAUGCUUUAAAGAAGUAAUUUUCACUCAAAAUGGAUUUUCUUGCAUUGUUGGAGCUCAAUUCAGAUUAUGAGUACAAUAUAAAGUCUUUAUCUUAGA